UUCGAACAUUCGGGUGCCUACUUGGCUUCCUACCUAGGUAUUCAUCAUCGAAUGUUUUUUGUCUCUCCCGCCAGGCAUCCCGCUACGACGGCUCCACACCUAUGUGUAAACAGUUGCAUGCGUAAGAAUUAAAGUCCAAUUACGACGCAAGGACGCAAGGACUUGGCAUGGUCUAUCGCGGAAAACCUGGUCGUGGCUGCCAGCGUUGUCGUGAACGGAAGUUGAGAUGUAAUCUUCUGAAACCAACAUGUGGCGCAUGUUCCAGAGCUGGCGCCGAAUGCACUGGGUAUAGGGAUACAUCUGCACUUCGUAUCAGUGAUCAAACCGAAGCGGUUCGCUGCAGAGCCCUACAAAAACGAGCCCAGGGUACCAAAACCGAUGCCCUAUCUUUUGGCUCUCCUAAGAAGCUAUCAUUGGACCUGCAAGUCCAAGCGAGGGAGCUGUUCUAUGCGUACUAUGUGACAGACUUUAGCAGGACAUGGGAUUUCCUUCUACCGUUUCUGAAUAAGACUUCUACGCCCGAAUAUCUCAAUCUCAGUAUUGACGCCGCAAGCCUUGCCUUUCUUCAUCACCAGACCCGUUCGGGCGCCGCCCUAGACCUGUCGCACAAGCAGUAUGCAGCUGCUCUUCGCGAAAUGCGCGCUGCACUUGGAUCUCCCGAGACAGCAAAAGUAGCACAUGCUAUGGAUGCGUCGCUGGUCUUGGAUCUAUUCGAAAAGAUUUCGAACCCUGGAGUUAUCGAACCCGAGGAUGUGAGUGUGGCGCAUGUUGCCGGCUCCCUCGCGCUAAUCCGGCUGCGCGGGUUGUCCACAUUUCGCGACCGAGCGAGUUUACAAGGCCUGACGAGGAUUGCUCUGAACGCCAUGGUAACAGCUCUAUAUAGAAGAGAGCCGGUUCCUGAAGAAGUUGUCGAGGUUCGAGCGUAUGCAGCGUCUUUUAUCGAUACUACUGAUCCAAAGUGGAGGUUGACCGGGCUUAUGAUCGAGUGCGCAAACUUACUAUGCACUUCGAACAAAGACUCUAUGGAGAGAGGAGAAAUCCUACGGCGUUGUAUGGAUCUUGAUAUGAGAUUUGCACAACUCGCCACUGACCUGGAAAAGCCACAUAGGAAUGACAUCCCUGAGAUAAAAACCGAAAGAAUGCUUGAGCCUUACUACGACAUGACCCAAGACCGGACAGGGACACAAAUGACCAAUGUAGUGAGGCUCACCAGAAUCAUGUUAUGCGAAGAAAUGACCCAAAGUUCUGGUCAGGCCACAACUGCUGAUUCGCUUCGGAUGCAUCACCAUGCACAACCUAUCGUUGAGGAGAUGAUUCGCCAAAUCUGCACUUUGACACCACAAAUGACGGAUUGCAAGGUUGAUACCGCACGCGAUUUGUCCAAGUACCCUGGAACCCAAUCCAGUGGUAAAGUUCCUACUCAUACGCUCACUCAUAGCUUGGACGUUUACAUUAUCCUGUUUUCGCUGUAUGUAGCGGCGUGGUCAUCCUUCUGUCCGCCAGAAACGAGGAGCUGGAUUACCAAAGAAGUAGAAUAUAUCGCUGAUCGUUUCGGAGUAAAACAAGCGGCGAUGGUUGCUACGGCCAUGAAGAGUGAAAAAAUGAUCGGACCAUGGCAGGUCUAUCAGCUGUUGGGAAGUUAUGCAUUCGCUGCGUAGAUACCAUGAGACAGUAUCUCUGUAUAUAUUGAAAUCAAGCUAUUGCAAUCAUUUGUGUCGCUCAAAGAUGUAUAAUUUAGACUACUACUACGUUCCAAAUAUCAGGGCUCGGAAC